AUGACUGACUUCUUGGUGAUAAAAGCCCCAUCAUCCUAUAAUAUCAUAUUGGGCCAUUCGACCCUGAACAACCUCAGAGCUAUCAUAUCUACCUAUCACCUCAAGAUAAAGUUCCCCACUGAAGCAGGGGUAAGGGGAGUAAGAGGUGAGCAAUCCCUGGCUCGAGAAUGCUAUGUGCAAGAGCUUAAGGUAGGUGGACUUGAUAUUCGCAUAGUCAAAGACCAUACCCAGGAAAAGCCAUUACCCCCACCACUAGUUCUAUUCAAUUGUGAUGUGGAGACAUGGGGCAAGGAGAACCUACAACAGGCGGGGGCGAACAAACCAUUAGAGCUAGUGACGCUACAUUUAGGGUGGCUGGAUGCCACAACACGGGUAGGCACAAGACUCCCCCUCGACAUUAGGGAGGCCUUGAAGCAACUCUUGGUUGAACACAGGGACAUGUUUGCAUGGAGCCAGGAAGACAUGCCUGGUAUCGACAACGCGGUCAUUGAACAUAGACUAUGUGUUGACCCCACCUGUAAGAAGGUUCGCCAAAAUUGGAGGUCGUUUGGCAUGGAGAAGUACACAACCAUAAUCGAGGAAGUGAGCUGCCCCCUCGCCGCAGGAUUCGUUAGAGAGGCUCACUACCCCGAGUGUCUGUCCAACAUUGUCCUAGUCAAGAAAGCAAAUGGGAAGUUGAAAAUAUGUGUAGACUUCAUUGACUUAAACAAACCAUGUCCGAAUGAUAGUUUCCUAUUACCAUGA